CCAGUGUUCCCUGUUGCUGAUGCAAAUGGGAAAAAUUUCGAACCAACAUCAAGAGAAAAUAUGUUUUGGGAAAAAUAAACUAUGUGAUUUAUUGAACCAUAAGGACUCAAAAUGUCUUUAAACUUGUUAUAUUACAAAUCACAAGUUCUGAUUUAUUCAAGAUGGCUACCAAUCAGUUACCUUCACCGUGUCAGGCGAAAAGGUACAAGUCAAAGAGUAACACCAUACUUGCUGUGCCCUCAGGGUUCAGUGGAUCAUGGAUGAUCUUAAUGUAGACAGUGACAAUGUACAGAAUAUUAUCGCCCACUUAGAAGAGACAGAUUCCAAACAUGUUGUUACACCAAUCAGUGUUGGAGGAGAACCUGUCAGUAUUAAAUGUCUCUGGAGUGAAGGAGACGCCCAUCAGCUGAGUCUGGAAGUACUUCAAGAUGGUAUUAAAGUGAAAACACCAGAUGAUGAUCCAUCGUUAGAUCCUGGAAUAGGUGAAAAUAGCAGUGACCAGAUCCUCCAUAAUGACCACGAGCUUCAUGUAAACCAAUUAAAACAAGAAGCAGAAUCUGAUGACAACUCUAUCCUGACAGCUGGUGAGAUCAGUGAGGGGCAUAUAUUACACGUACACGAGAAUGUGAAUACUAUAUUAUCUGAUAGUACAGGAAGCAUGACUGUAACCACAAGUCUUGCUGGAGAUCUCAACUCCCAAACUUCACAAGAUGUUAUACAACUUCUUCUCCCUUCAUCAGACGAGGCUUCAGGGAAUCACAACACAGGUGGCGUUCCUGUGAUGAAUCUUGAUACAGGAGUGAUAACGACUGAGGAUUUGGGCCCCCCUCACCCUACACAGACAAUACAGGCCAUUACACUGGCUGAUGGAAACACAGCAUUUAUACAACAUCCAGGUGGCUCUAAAUUUCUUGAAGGACAAACUAUAACAUUAGAUGAUGGUACUACAGCUGUUAUACAAGCUAUCCCAGAUAAAUUGAAUCUGAUGUCAUCAAUAUCAAAUCAAAAUAUAGUUCAGACAGGAGGGAGUACCACAGGAGCAGUACACUUAGAUGAUACAUCAUUCCUUAACCAGGCUGUUAAAGAUGGACUUCAAGCAAUUAUUCUAGAAGAUGGAACAACAGCCUACCUCGCCACACAGCAGACACCAGGUGGCACUGGUGGCCUCAUAGACAGUUCUCAGCUAGAAGCUACAACCUUGACAUUGGAUCAGCUCACUUCAUCAGGGGUAUCAGGUGUACAGACAGUGCUCACAAAUGGACUAGUCAAUGUAGAUGCUAAAUCAAUGGCUUCUACAACAACAGAAUCUCAAAUACAAGUAACAACAGUCCAAGGACAAACAUCAGAGACUAAAGGAGCUGUGGCAUUACCGACAUAUACAACAGACAAAGUGGGACCAUUCCUAGAGAAAGCAUACAGAUGUGGUUUUGAUGACUGUGGCAAGUAUUAUACCACACUUCAUCAUUUAAAGGUACAUGAACGCUCGCAUACUGGUGACCGUCCUUUUAAGUGCGAGUAUGAGAAUUGUGGGAAAGCAUUUGCUACAGGGUAUGGCCUGAAGUCACACACGAGAGUUCAUACUGGUGAGAAACCCUAUAAAUGUCAUGAAGAAAGCUGUGAUAAAGCAUUUAAAACAUCUGGUGAUCUACAGAAACAUAUCAGAACUCAUACAGGAGAGCGGCCAUUUAAGUGUCCUUUUGAAGGUUGUACAAGAUCGUUUACCACGUCUAAUAUACGGAAAGUUCACAUUCGUACACACACUGGGGAACGACCUUAUAUAUGUCCUGACGAAGGCUGUGGACGAGCAUUUGCCUCGGCUACCAAUUAUAAAAACCAUGUCCGCAUACAUACAGGUGAGAAGCCAUAUGUAUGCACAGUGAUGGGCUGUGGGAAACGAUUUACCGAAUACUCUAGUCUAUAUAAACAUCAUGUAGUACAUACUCACACUAAACCAUACACGUGCUCCAGAUGUGGUAAGACGUACAGACAAACAUCCACACUUGCCAUGCAUAAGAGAACAACACAUGGCGAAGAUGUCACUCCAGAAAGUGAAGCAUUACUGUACCAGGAACAGACACAAGUUGCAGCCAAUGAGAGUCUGGAACCACCUGGCAAACGUAUUAGACUGGGCCUCGUGAACCAAGAUGAGGUGUCAGAGGAGGGAGAUGGUGCUCUCAUCAUUAAUUCAUCAGAUGUUACCCAACAGUUAGCAUUUGUUGGAACAGACGGUAUGAAUACUGGAGUAGAUAUUUUACAGUCACCUUUCAACAACCACCAGUCAACCUUGUUACAACAGGCUGGAGUAGCUUUUACACUGAGUGAUCAGGGUCAACAAGUGUUUGUUAUAACAGAUCCAGCUCAGCUAGAAGCUUUACAACAAAUUGCCAAACACCAAUUGGAGAGUGAUACUGACCCACAGUCUCUGUUGACAACAACCUUGAACUCUGAUGACCUCAAUUCUGUACAAACUACUGACAAUAUUGUUACUAUGGUAACGGAAAUAACAACAGAAUCUGAUGUGAAGCAUAUUCCAUCUGUAUCUAUAGCAACUGCAGAUGUUACACAUAUUGACAAUGUAUAGUGUUAUGUUUGUAAAAUGAGUUUAUUAUUUAUCCUUCAAAAGGAAAUGGUUUAAAGUUCAGUGAGGAAGUGAAUAGUUUCAUAUUUAUAAUUCAUAGGGAGUGAACAGUUUCAGGUUGAGUAUGUCAAUGGCAAUCAAAAGGAACAGAGUAGAGAAAGCGUCAGAAAAGGGAGGGAAAUGGUUUAAUGUUAAAUUUGUGUUUCAAAGGAAGUGAUUAGAAAUAAAAUAAGCUUGCUACAAAUUUAAUAAUUUAGAAACAAAAAAGAAACCAAAUUGUCAGUAAUUAUCAUUAAGGUGGAAUAAAGCAGGAUGUUAUGAUAGCCCCACAGGUCCAUGUUACAAAGUGCUCUUUUUGUAACUGUUUGGUACAGUAUUAUUAACGACACUUUAUUAUAGCAUAGCAAUUUUUUUUCAUGUUAACUUUAUACAAUUUGGACCAGGUUGUAAUGACACCUGUGAUAACUGAUCGACUACUAUUUGUUAGUACAUCUUCUAAAUCAAAAAGUAUUAUAUAUGUAUUUUUCUGUGUAAUAAUUCCCCCACGAAGUUUAAUGGAGUUGAGGUUUUGUCGGUCCAAUUGUCAUCUGGGUCAAAUUUAUGAAUUCUGGACAAUAUAUAGUGCCAGGAAUGUGAUAUUGUAAUCAAACUCCAUAUGAAGAGACCUCAUUUGAGAUUGCUUUUGAACACUCUAUGGUCAAGGUCACUGUAACUAAAAAUAGAAUAAUUGUUUCUGGUCAAUCACAACACUGAGGAAUGAGAUAUUGUUAUCAAACAUGGUAUAUAGCAAGCUUGUGUGGAGAUAAGGCAUGGGAUUGCCUUUGGGCUUUGAAGGGCAAGGUCACCACUGCGAUUAAAAAGAGAAAAAAGGUUUCUGGAUGAUAGUGAGAUAAUGUAAUCAAACUUAGUAUUAAGGAACCUUUUGUAGAGCACUUACUUGAGAUUGCUUUUGUACCUAGGAUCAAGGUCAAUGAUACUAAAAAUAAAAAUGGUUUCUAGUUGAUAACUAGAAUUAAGAACAAGGUGAAGCAAGAUUACUAAAAUUUAGUACAAGCCUCUUUUUUAUAUUCCUCUGUAACCCAAUGGUCUUUAAUGAAACUAUAGAUUGUAUUUAUUUUUCUAACUAAAUCUUGCAUGAUAUUGAAUAAUGGUUUUUCAUACAUUGUAUAGUUAAUUUGGCAGAUGGGGUUAUGAAUCACCUCUAGUUUUAAUUUUUGCUCAAGCUAUAGACUGGAGUAAUACUGACAAGGACAAGUGACAAGCCAUGUUUUCAAAUGGAAGAUAAUUCUCAAAAGAUCUGGUUUUGGGAAACAAGAUUAACAGUAUGGUAUCUCUUCUGUGGCUAUAGGGGUAAAAAACCUGUACCAUACCCCUACAUGGAUGUUCAAAGUCUUGCUAACUUUGGUACCUUUGACGAUAUGUUAGUUAUUUGAUAUUCAAAUCCCUUUCACAUAUAAAUUAACUGUUCCAAACCAUGGCCAUAAGUGAGGCAAGGAUUAGCAUAAAGUGUAUUUUAAUGUAAUAAUGAAUAACUUAUCACAGUCUUUCUGUUUGCUUUGAAAUAUUAAUCUUACAUAUUUGUUAUCAAUGCAAAAAGAUUUAUUAAAGUCGAUUUAUUUAUUAUC